AAAAAACACAAUUGUUUUCUGAGGUGUGUUUGGCCGUCCUCUUCCGUUCAUAUUUCUCCCUCGACCGCCUUCAAAAUUAAUAACCAGAUACGGAAAAUUAGGAGAAAAAGGUCCAAACGAGAAAAGAGAAAUCGAAAAUCGAAAUCCCAUCCCCCCUUAGGAUUUCCAUUUUUCUUUUUCUUCUUCUCUCCUGCUAAUUUUGUCUAAAAUAAAAAAGCUUGGAAUAAUGAUUUCAUUCGAGGAUCGGAGGAGAAGAGCUUAGGGUUUUUGAAUUUGGGAAACUUAAGGAUUCAAAUUUGGAGACCAAAUUAGGGGAAUUAGGGUUUUGAAUUAUUGGAAAAUGUUGAUAAGAAAUGCGACUGGCGAAGCUUUGGAGCUUUGAUUCGGAUCUUAAACGGAAAGGUUUUGAAUUUAGGGUUUGGGUGAAGAGAAGAGCGGAAACAUGGAUGUGGAUUCGAAUAUGGUAACAGCGGAGGAAUCCGAUCAGGAGUCCACGACGACGACGACGGCGACGGCGAAUGGUCCGACGUCGGGAGAGUUAUCGGGUGGGGUUGAUAAUUUAGGAUCUCAGGCUUCUCAGCAGUCAGCUCAGCAAGGUCCUGGUCAGGCGGGUCAGCCUUCUUCUCAGCAGCAGCAGAGUAGUAAUACUAGUCCGGUGGUUGGGCCGAGGUGUGCGCCGACGUACACGGUGGUGAAUGCCAUUAUAGAGAAGAAGGAGGAUGGGCCGGGACCAAGGUGUGGGCAUACACUUACGGCUGUGCCUGCUGUUGGGGAAGAAGGGAGUCCGGGGUAUAUUGGGCCGAGGCUAAUUUUAUUUGGUGGUGCCACAGCUUUAGAGGGCAAUUCAGCUGCUUCUGGAACUCCUUCCUCUGCUGGAAGUGCUGGAAUUCGAUUAGCAGGGGCAACUGCUGAUGUGCAUUGUUAUGAUGUGCUGACAAAUAAAUGGUCUAGAAUUACUCCAAUUGGAGAGCCACCCACACCAAGGGCAGCUCAUGUCGCUACUGCAGUUGGGACCAUGGUAGUCAUUCAGGGAGGAAUUGGUCCGGCUGGUUUGUCUGCUGAGGACCUUCAUGUUCUAGACCUAACACAACAAAGACCACGAUGGCAUAGGGUGGUUGUUCAAGGCCCUGGACCUGGGCCUCGUUAUGGGCAUGUCAUGGCUUUGGUGGGCCAAAGAUAUCUCAUGGCUAUUGGUGGAAAUGAUGGAAAAAGGCCUUUAGCUGAUGUAUGGGCCCUGGACACAGCUGCCAAACCUUAUGAAUGGCGGAAACUGGAACCUGAAGGUGAAGGUCCACCUCCAUGCAUGUAUGCAACUGCAAGUGCUCGGUCUGAUGGUCUUCUUCUUCUUUGCGGGGGGAGAGACGCGAACAGUGUGCCACUGGCCAGUGCAUAUGGGCUUGCCAAACACAGAGAUGGUCGUUGGGAGUGGGCAAUUGCCCCUGGUGUAUCACCAUCUCCUAGAUAUCAGCAUGCAGCUGUUUUUGUCAAUGCUAGGCUUCAUGUAUCAGGAGGGGCUCUUGGUGGUGGAAGGAUGGUGGAGGACUCAUCAAGUGUGGCAGUUCUGGAUACUGCAGCAGGAGUUUGGUGUGAUACAAAGUCUGUUGUUACUAGUCCCAGGACUGGUAGAUACAGUGCUGAUGCUGCUGGUGGGGAUGCUGCGGUUGAAUUAACCAGACGUUGUAGGCAUGCUGCUGCUGCUGUUGGUGACUUGAUUUUUAUCUAUGGAGGCCUUCGUGGUGGUGUUCUGCUUGAUGAUUUGCUUGUUGCUGAAGAUCUAGCUGCUUCAGAAACAACAGCGGCAGCUUCACAUGCCGCCGCUGCUGCAGCCGCAUCUAAUGUGCAGCCAGGCAGGUUGACAGGAAGGUAUGUUGAUGAAAGAAUGAGACAGUCAGUUCCGGAAGCAGUUACUGAUGGUGCUGUUGUGCUUGGAAAUCCUGUUGCUCCGCCAGUGAAUGGUGAUAUGUAUACUGAUAUCAGUACUGAAAAUGCAAUGCUUCAAGGUUCUCGGAGAUUGAGUAAAGGUGUGGACUACUUGGUUGAAGCCUCAGCCGCUGAAGCUGAGGCAAUUAGUGCUACAUUAGCUGCUGCAAAAGCUCGAUUCAAUGGAGAAGUUGACAGACCUGAUAGGGGGGACCGUGGGCCAGAGGCAACUCCGAGUGGGAAGCAAAUAUCUUCAUUGAUUAAACCUGAUUCUGCUGCAUCAAAUAAUUCUGCUCCUGCAGGGGUUCGGCUUCAUCAUCGUGCUGUGGUUGUAGCUGCUGAAACAGGUGGAGCAUUAGGGGGCAUGGUUAGACAGCUUUCAAUCGAUCAAUUUGAAAACGAGGGUAGACGUGUAAGUUAUGGGACACCAGAAAGUGCUACAGCAGCAAGAAAACUUUUGGAUCGGCAAAUGUCCAUCAACAGUGUGCCCAAAAAGGUGAUUGCUCAUCUAUUGAAGCCUCGUGGUUGGAAGCCUCCUGUUAGACGUCAAUUUUUCUUGGAUUGCAAUGAGAUAGCUGACCUUUGUGAUAGUGCUGAAAGAAUAUUCUCGAGCGAGCCAACUGUUUUACAACUCAAGGCUCCAAUCAAGAUAUUUGGUGAUUUACAUGGACAAUUCGGAGAUCUUAUGAGGCUCUUUGAUGAGUAUGGAUCCCCUUCAACUGCUGGAGAUAUUGCAUAUAUCGAUUAUCUCUUCUUAGGAGAUUAUGUUGACCGAGGCCAGCACAGCUUGGAAACCAUAACUCUUCUCCUUGCUUUGAAGGUUGAGUAUCCCCACAAUGUUCAUUUAAUUCGUGGAAAUCAUGAAGCUGCAGAUAUUAAUGCACUUUUUGGCUUUCGAAUCGAGUGCAUUGAACGCAUGGGUGAGAGAGAUGGAAUUUGGGCAUGGCAUCGGAUAAACAGACUGUUCAACUGGCUUCCUCUAGCUGCAUUGAUUGAGAAAAAAAUUAUCUGUAUGCAUGGUGGUAUUGGAAGAUCAAUAAAUCAUGUAGAACAAAUUGAGAGUAUUCAGCGACCAAUUACAAUGGAAGCAGGCUCAAUUGUUCUGAUGGAUUUAUUGUGGUCCGAUCCAACUGAAAAUGAUAGUGUAGAAGGGCUACGGCCUAAUGCAAGGGGUCCUGGGCUGGUUACUUUUGGGCCUGAUCGUGUGAUGGAAUUCUGCAAUAACAAUGAUCUUCAACUGAUAGUCAGAGCGCACGAGUGUGUGAUGGAUGGCUUUGAACGGUUUGCACAAGGACAUUUAAUUACUCUUUUCUCAGCCACAAACUACUGUGGGACUGCAAAUAAUGCUGGUGCUAUAUUAGUUUUGGGCAGAGAUCUUGUAGUCGUUCCCAAGCUGAUUCAUCCAUUGCCACCGGCUAUUUCUUCACCUGAAACAUCACCUGAACGUCAUAUAGAAGACACGUGGAUGCAGGAGCUUAAUGCUAACAGACCACCUACACCAACUAGAGGUCGUCCUCAAGUUGCCAAUGAUCGAGGUUCUCUUGCUUGGAUUUAGAUAUGUUGUCCCAGAUUGUUUUCCUAUAUUCUUCCUGGCUCAUGCUAACACCUGGGAUUUCCAGAGAUUUGUACAUAGUAUGAUGCCAUAUGGAGACUGCCGCAGGAUCUGUUUCCACUUGGAUACGUGACGGCUUUGGAGCUUGCAAGGUAUCAAACUUCCACAAUAUAUAUGGGCCUUCAGGCACGGAAAUUUUGAGUCUCAAAACAUGUAGCAGGCGGAGGAUUGUUUCUCGAGUGACGAUGAUGAAGGCUGAUAGGGGUUUUUUGAGAAGUUCCUCUGUACAUUGAUGAGUUGCGUGCAGGUAGAAGUUGACAGCGUUGGUUGGUUCUCCUGGGGUGGGAGUAGUGCUGGGUAUUUUUCUUGUUAGUGCUAUAUAUUUUUUGGUUACUGGUUUAGUUGUAUUAUUUUUAUCACUUGCUAAAGAGGGGACUUUUAGGAGGUUCUCAAAAUGUGAUUGGUGAGAUAUACAAAAUCUUGGGCGUUCAUGUAACAUAGAGGGUGUCGAUUUGUAAUUUGUGUUGCCUGUUUUGUACAAUGUAACUUCUGUGUGAUGAUAAAAAGCUCCUUUUUCUCCAGUUUCGACA